GAGUGCAAUUUAACCACAUUCGUACAAACUGUACUGAAAGGUCCUUUGUGGUGGAUAAGAAAUAACUGCUGAUAUAUUAUCUUAUCAGAGAUAAAGACAAGCUGAGAGCAGGGAAGUUAAAGCUGUAUAUCAGUAGAAUUUAUGCUGACUAAUAACUGCUGAGAGACUAAAUACUCUGUAUUCAAUUGUUGAUUGGUUAGCUAGCAGGUAAGCUCAAAGGAAAAUUUGUUUCUCUGCAGAAAUUGAGAGCAGCUGUGUUUUUACAGUGUGAAAUGCUGCAGCUGAUGUUAAGAUGUUUGAUUAUUGUGUCACUCAUCGGCCACCACAUUUAAAACAUAUUUAAGGAUCAGUUGUGCUCAAAUGUUUUGAUGUCUCACCAAAUGUAAAUUAAUUGCAAAUUAGUUUGCAAGAUCUAAUCAUGUCUCUGUUCAUAUCCUUUAUGCGAUUCUUAAACCCAUCAUGAGGUUGAGGGGUGGGAUACAAAAGAGACCAUAAGAUUUAAAAGGUCAUUUUAUGUUGACGAGAAAAUGAUCACAUUUUAGACCUAGUGAGUGUGGAUUUUCUGAGUUUUAAAAGCAGAUUUUGUCAGACAGAAUGAGCAGAAAUUUCUGUUCUGUUUUUGGAUAAAUAUCGUCCUUAAUUGCUUUAGCAAAGCAGCCCCAAACUAAUUUUUUUCUUCAUCCUUCAAUUACAACCAAUGUAAAAGAUAGUAUUAUUAUUACAAGUUAGUAAAAGAAAACUUCAGAGGUAUUGAAAAGUGCUAACGUAAAUGGCUUUUUCCUGUAUGAUCGGCGUGUGGAGGAGUUUUAAGGUGACAGCUCUUUUUAAUUAAAGGGAGGGGUAAAAUAACAUUCAAUCUUUAUGAAUAACGUCUCUUCUGAAUUUUAUAACAAAAGCACAACUCAAACUUAAACCUAUUGCAGAUCGCAACCAAUCAGCUUGGAGCUCGCGCACGCCGCGGCCAAUGGCUGAUUAGAGGACGCUCGCGCAGAGUAGUUUGAAGGGCGGUCCGGGUAGAGAAAGGAAAGUAUGGAUCUGAGGAUCGGAGUACUGACGCUGAGUUUCGAUCAGGAGCGUCUUACUGAAGCACUCAAGUUAUCGAAUCUAUUUUUAGGUUAAAUAACUUAAAAAAGACACGGUUUGUAUUUUUGUAACAUAUCCUCCAAAGCGGGACAGCUCGUAUUAGUUAGUUUAUUUCUUCUGAAUGACUAUCCCGUGCAAGUUAUCAAUAUUUUAUUCAUGGCUUUGAUAGCCAGUGACCUCAACGGAACGGCUGCGAUUUAUGGAAGAGUUGGGUCAAGAAAAGACGUGAUUCAAGUCCCAUUGAACGGCUUUAAAGCGAACAAAAUGCAACCCAAGGAGACAGAGUAUACCACAGAUGGGUUACCAAAAGCUUUCCUGCACAGCUUGAGGACUCUGUUUGACAUUUUGGACGACGACAGAAGGGGGUAUGUCCACAUCUCGGAGAUAGAGAGCCGUUGGCAGGGCGCAGACACCAGGGAGUUGCCCGGCGGAGUGCUCAGCUGCCUCAGGAGGGUCACUCCUCCGCAUGGCUGCCUCACCUUUGAGCGGUUCGUGGCCGGGCUGCGGUACUCCAUGCUGAACCCGGAGAACAGCCCCCACUUGAAGGCCCAGGUUGCUGUGCACCCGCAGCAGGGUCCGAGGCAUCCCCAGAAGCCCGCACCCCCGUCCACAUGCAGCGUCGGACCUCGGGUGGAGAACAAAGUCCGUCCGCUGGGCAACGUGACAAACACCCAGCCGCACCGGGCGUCCUCCCUGCAGAGCCGGGCCCGUCCCGAGGAAGGCACGGGGUUCCCCGCAUGUGCACAAGCGCGGUACGGCUCGGGCUUCCAGAGGUCCGGGCGGAGUGUGGAGCGGAUCCCCGUCGCUCCGGAGGAUUUGUGCUACCACGCCGACCCGGGCCAUGCUAGCAAAGCAACGCAGCCGCAGCAGAGCAGAAUCAGGAACAUCGAGUCGCUUGCGCUGGAGUCUCCGCAGCUCCAACCAUGUGUUACAAAAUCAGGUCUGCCAAGAUCGCAGAGUGAAUCGGCUACAGGAUUAUCUGGUGGUUCCAGGCGACACGGGCGGAGUCGAGAAGAGCACAGGAGGCAUACCAUUUCCAACGGAGUGGAUUAUGGAAUGCUGAAGCAAAUGAAGGAGUUGGAGCAGGAAAAGGAUUCGCUGCUGUCAGGCCUGGAAGUGGUAGAGCGGGCCCGAGAGUGGUACCAAGGCCAGAUCCACAAUGUCACAGAGAGACAGCGGCAAGUCGGACAAAGCUCUCACUGCACGGAGUUCUUCACAGAUGCCAGUCCAAGUCGCAUGAAUGUUCUCAUUCCCAAACUGCAAGAAGUCAAUCGCUGCCUUAACGACCUGCUUUCCUGCAGUGGGAUGCCGUCGUUUCCCAGCAGCGGUGCUCAGACAGCAGUGCUCUCGGUGAACUCCCAGCCCCCGGCCCCGGCUCCUCCUCAAGCCAUUCAGAGACUAAAGAACCAGAACAGACUUCUCACUCAGGAGGUGACGGAGAAAAGCGAGCGCAUCACGCAGCUCGAGCAGGAGAAGUCGGCUCUGAUAAAGCAGCUUUUUGAGGCUCGAGCUCGUGGCGCACAUGACGCCAGCACCAUGGAUUCCACCUUUAUCUGAUUAGCUUCCAAAUCAUCAUCAGAGACGAUUCAUUGUGCGGCCCAGCCAAGCGAAUCCGUGGUGGUCUGAGGGAGAGCUGAGAGAUUUCUGUUUACCUGGCUGAACAUUCAUGGCAGUUUUUAGGUACGGCGCCCAAAAAAAGCGAGACCAGUCAACUACAAAUCAAACCAAAUGCUACCUGGAUUGUGAACACUCCUGACCUGCGUGAGCUGAGAACAAAUUUCUCUUACGCUGACAAACAAGAGGACUCGUCAAAGCAGGCAGGUCUCAUGAUCCCAAUCGCUCCAUUUCUUCGAAGAUCCGCAUCUGGAAGAUUAACACUCCUCCUCCUUAAGGACUUUCUUUCAUUUCUGCUGCUCAGCUGCACAAGGAACAAAGCACAAACUUCACUAGGAGCAAAGCUAAAAUGGCACAGAAGGCUGUUUGGACAGCGGGGAUGAUUUGGGGGGGGGAUUCUGUUGGAAUAACACGCCAUACUCCAGCUAAUGCUAUCACUCAGUUGCUGUGACCUAUCAGUCAUUUUUUUAGUUUCAUACUUAUAUAUAAUUGAUAUAGGAGAGGAAUGUUCCUUCACUUUUAGUAUUUCCUUCCUUUUGAUAUCAAAUUAUAUUUCUUUCUGGUUUUUCAAGUGUUUUUACAAUCACAAAGAUAAAUCAGUAAAAAAAAAAUCUCUCUC